GCUGCUGGGGGUGGCCAACUGGAGAGAAAUCUUGGGGCUUCCCGAGGUCCCGCAAAGGCGGGGGCCUUUGAUGCCCCGCCCCCCUGGUGCAACUUUUGUAAGCAGUCAUCAGCGCUCCUUGGCAUAGUUACUUUUCAUGGACCCAGGAGUCCGGACUCCUAGCUUCACUCAGCGCCCAGGAGCCCAGACACCUAGCUACCUCGCCAGUAAUGAAGUCAGGAAACCAAGGCCUCGGCCUCCUCCCAAGUAAUGGACUCAGAAGUUCAGGCUCCCAGCCCUUUGCUCCCCUAAACUUAAUAAUUUUCAGGCUCCCACUCCUCCUUCAGACUCAGGGGUCUGGGUGCCAAGUCCAUUCCUCCCCCAGGACUUCCUCCCCUGGACUGAAGAACCCAAGAUCCCAGCCCCUUUUUUCCCCAUAGACAAAGACGUCCUGAUCCUCAUCCUCCCCCUGGAUUUCAGAGCCCUGUCCCCGGUGCCACCCUCCCUCCAGUCCCCCCAGGCCUGACCUCCAAUCCCUGACUCCGGCCCCCAGAACCCCCAGACCUGACUCCGGAGGAGCGCAUGGAGCUGGAGAACAUCCGACGGCGGAAGCAGGAGCUGUUGGUGGAGAUCCAGCGCCUGCGGGAGGAGCUCAGCGAGGCCAUGAGCGAGGUUGAGGGUCUGGAGGCCAAUGAGGGCAGUAAGACCUUACAGCGGAACCGGAAGAUGGCGAUGGGCAGGAAGAAGUUCAACAUGGACCCUAAGAAGGGGAUCCAGUUCUUGGUGGAGAACGAACUGCUACAGAACACACCCGAGGAGAUUGCCCGCUUCCUGUACAAGGGCGAGGGGUUGAACAAGACGGCCAUCGGGGACUACCUGGGGGAGAGGGAAGAGCUCAACUUGGCAGUGCUCCACGCCUUUGUGGAUCUGCAUGAGUUCACUGAUCUCAACCUGGUACAGGCGCUCAGGCAGUUUCUGUGGAGCUUCCGCCUCCCUGGAGAGGCCCAGAAAAUUGACCGGAUGAUGGAGGCCUUUGCCCAGCGAUAUUGUCUGUGCAACCCUGGGGUUUUCCAGUCCACAGACACGUGCUACGUGCUUUCCUUUGCUGUGAUCAUGCUGAACACCAGCCUCCACAAUCCCAACGUUCGUGACAAGCCGGGUCUGGAGCGCUUUGUGGCCAUGAACCGGGGCAUCAACGAGGGCGGAGACCUGCCCGAGGAGCUGCUCAGGAACCUGUAUGACAGCAUCCGAAAUGAGCCUUUUAAGAUUCCUGAGGAUGAUGGCAAUGACCUGACCCACACCUUCUUCAACCCGGACCGCGAGGGCUGGCUCCUCAAGCUGGGAGGGGGCCGGGUGAAGACGUGGAAGCGGCGCUGGUUCAUCCUCACAGACAACUGCCUCUACUACUUUGAGUACACUACGGACAAGGAGCCCCGUGGAAUCAUCCCUCUGGAGAAUCUGAGCAUCCGUGAGGUGGAUGACCCCCGGAAACCGAACUGCUUCGAGCUUUAUAUCCCCAACAACAAGGGGCAGCUCAUCAAAGCCUGCAAAACAGAGGCCGAUGGGCGGGUGGUUGAGGGUAACCACAUGGUGUACCGGAUCUCGGCCCCCACGCAGGAGGAGAAGGAUGAGUGGAUCAAGUCCAUCCAGGCGGCUGUGAGCGUGGACCCCUUCUAUGAGAUGCUGGCGGCACGGAAGAAGCGCAUUUCUGUCAAGAAGAAGCAGGAGCAGCCCUGACCCCCGCCCCCAACUCCAUUAUUUAUUUCAGAGCUGCCCCGCCUGGGUGGCCGGACCCCUGGGCCCUGGGGCUGCGGAUCCUGGUUCCCUGUUUGGAAAAUUCACCACCUCUAGCUCCUCUCUUGUUAUUUGUAAUUAACACACUGUUGGUAAUCUUAUUAAUUAUUUAACCACUUGUGGUCUCCCGAACCGCUCAUUUCCUGGAGUUUUCAGAGUUGAGGUACUUGGGCGGCUGGCGGGUCGCAGAUGCCUGUACCUGCCCCUUCCCUGGUGCAAGAGGGGAGGCUUCUGUCCGAGGGCGAGGUCCACAGGGUGUCCUAAUGGGUCAGUUGUUGGGGUAGAGUAAAGCGAGAAAAUGUGGAUCCAAUUAGCAUUGAGUUAAAAUUGGCUGUUCCGAGGGGAAAUUCGGUUUAGAAUGCAGGUAUACAGAAGACAAGGUCUAGCAUUCGUUCUAGAGGUUA